AUGGCUAACUUGACGUUCGCUUUAACUUGUAUUGCGGUGCUGUUUUCUCUUCAGGUAGUAUCAGCGACAAAAACUUGCCAGUCACCAAAUGCUUGUGGUAAAGGUUCUUGUUGUCGAGAUGACAAACAUCGUGCUAUUUCAGUUUAUGCCUGGAAACAUGCACAUUACCCUCUAGGACCUCCUGUUUUCUUUAAUACCCACAAAACAGGAACAUGUGUUGUUGGUAAAGCUCAGAAGGGGGAAUUGUGUGAUUCUUAUUGCGAAUGUGAUACAGGUACAGUAAUGAUUUCUUCCACAUUUGAUACACAGUCCUGCAGUACACACGAUAGUUUAGAACUUUCCAUCAGUAUUACAGAAAAACAUGAUACCAAGCAAUCUAAUAGACAGAUAGACACGAUAGUUUGCUAUGUUCUAGUCUCAGAAAACUGUCAUUGUACCAAGCAGUCUACUAGCUAG